CGGCCAGCACGCUCGGACCCAGCCUCAGCAGCCCUCACGCCUCCCCACAGCCCCACACCAGCCUCCCCACUGACCAGCCCUCCUGCAACACCGCCCCGAGCACCCCCACCACCCCCACCUGCCUCACACCCCUCUCUGCUCUCACCUUCUCUCACCUUCUCUUGCCUGCCCUCCCAGGGCCCCUCCACACCACACCCAUGGCCUGCUACGACCUCUGCCGCCCCUGCGGACCCACCCCGCUGGCCAACAGCUGCAACGAGCCCUGUGUCAGGCAGUGCCAGGACUCCACCGUCCUCAUCCAGCCCUCCCCCGUCCGCGUCACCUUCCCAGGGCCCAUCAUGACCUCCUUCCCCCAGAGCUCCGCCGUCGGAUCCACCGCAGGGGCUGCCCUGGGCACGGAGCUCAACGUCCAGGGACAGCCCAUCUCUGGUGGCUUUGGCUACGGCCUGGGCUAUGGCCGUGGCUUUGGCUACGGCCUGGGAGGCCUGGGCUGUUAUGGUCUGGGGGGCCUGGGCUGCUCCGGCACCUGCUGACCGUCCUUGCCAUCACAGCUGACACCCUUUGCACCUGCCCUUCUCACUCUUGCACCAAUAUCUCCUGCAAGCAAAGCACCUCGGCUGAUGGUCGCCCUACUUGCACCUCAGACUUGCUCUUUUCCGCUGGCUGCUCCUUUCUUUUUAUUCUGUUGUCUCAAUAAAGUUCUCCUGCAUCAAA